GCGCCGCUGCCUUUAAUUACAACCUUCACAUUUUACACUGAACUAAGAAAGAAGAGGGAAGCCACACACCGGCACAUCUGAAAGUAUUUCCCGCGAGAUGGACGUGUACUAAAACUACCAGAAAACACCACAGGUUUAUAUUUGUUUUAGCUACACUACAAAACUUAGCUAUAUAUUCCUGCUAUAUUUCCAGAUAUGUGUAUGCUGUGACGUUAUCAGUGACCUGUCUGCUGCAAACCAACCAGAGGGUUUAUUAACUAACACACACACACACGCACACGCACACGCACAACACAGAGGUUAGUUAGUACCAUGGACAGAGAGUGUGUGUCGCUGCUGCCCCGGGUCUGUGAGGUGCUGGGGAACUCGGGGAGGUCUCUGCCCGAUGACACCAGCCUGGAGAAACUGCUGGACUGGUUCACAGGGCUCACUGAAGCUGAGGGAUCUCUGCUGAAGGCCUACCCAUGUCUACUUGAGUUCAUGUCCACUGUGGUUCACAAAACAUCAUCGGACCCCGCGGUCAUCUCCUUCACUCUCAAACUCUCCGGUUUAAUGGCUGCCACUGAGGACGGCUUCAAAAUGCUUCAGGAGUGCUCUGUUCUGGACCUCGCCUUUAACCAUCAGCACUGGCAUGAAGCGGGUCUCUGGGAGGAUCCCUGUAUACGGAUUGGCUGGAUUCAGGGCUUAAGGAGCAUGCUGCAGCACUCAAAGGCUCUCAGUUUCUUCGUACAAGCAGAUUUCAUUGCGCCGCUCCUACGACUCCAGACAGACACAAGUCUAUUUGUUGCCUCGGCUGCCAAUCAAAUGCUCGCCCACAUCCUGCUGUUCUUUCAGCCGGUGUUGUCUGCAGGAUGUAACGGCGUGGGUAAGAAACAUGGGGAUGAGAAGAAGACACAAGCCUCCAUCACAGACAUAGAGACCUCAGUUGUCACCAUGGAAACCAGCCAAGAUUACACUGCUGUUGUCGUGGCGACCUCAAAGUACCUCAAGGAGUCACUGGUUCCCACAGAAAACACACGGCUCCGUCAGAGCCUGCAGACCCUCAAACUGCUGGGCCUGCUCCUGACCCAGGCCAGACCUCGUCUCCGGGACCAGCUGCUCCAGACAGUCGCAGACCCCCUGGAGGAGCUGGUGACAGCCGGCUACAGUCAACUCACGCUGCCUCUGAUGGACAUUGUUCUGGCUGCAUACAGCACCUCCAGCUCUGAUGAACGCGUCCCAGACCGACACGUCACCCGUCUUCUGUCGUCCAUGUUGGCUAUGAGCAAACCCUCUGACCUCAUUCGGGCUGCAGCUGCUUUCCUCCGCAGAGGCCAUCAGGACACUGUCCACACAGCCCGGGCUGUGAGAAUACUACUGCUACCCCUCGACAUAAUAACUGGUCAGGCUCUUCUUGGCACAAACACUGAAGGUAACACACAGAGAUAUACACAUACUCCUGAAAGUGUGUUGUUUAGCAUCUAUGUGGCUUAUACAUUAUCUGUUUCUCUUCCUGCAGUAGAAGAGCAUCAGUUUUCAGUGGUGGAGCAGCUGAAGAGUAAAACCCCCUGCAUCUCUAUCAUCUGUGUCUGUCUGACAAACACACCACAGAUCACGCUCGUGCCUCCCGACUUACUCCCCUGUCCUCCAGCUGUAAUUGUCACUGCAGUUGUGUCAUUGUUAAGGAUCUGCAGUGGCGACUCUUCCUCCUCGCCCACCGGCUGUCCUGAGGUUUUCAGGAAUGUAAUCGGCAGUGGCAAAGUUCAGAAAAGUGCUCUAGAGGCUCUGACGGGUCUCAGCAGCAGCCCAGGAGUGAAAGACAAGCUGAUUGAGGCGUUCACAGUUCUGAUACAGUAUCUGAACAAUCCUGACUCUGACCCCACUGUGCUGCACAAGUCCUACCAGGCCUUAGUGAAGUGGACGAGUGUGUGUAAAGACCUCUCCUCUAUAACAGACGAGCUCAGACGAGAGCUCGCUGAGGUGGUGAAGAAACGUGUGUGUGACAUGCGCUGGGAGGUGAGAGACUCGACUGUGGAGUUUCUGGGAAAACUGGCAGGUGUCGUGAAAUCGGCCGGGGAGGUGCGCGACGGGUCUGAGGCCUUGCUGGGCGGCUGCUGUAGCGCUCCUCUCCUCAGGGAGGCGCUGCAGGAUCCAGAGAGUUACGUGAGAGCCAGCGCCAUCUCUGCACUGGCACAGACACUGGCACACAGCUGGCAGCAGGGGGAAGCACUCACACAGGAGCAGACUGACGUAGUGAGCCGGCUGCUUGAAAUUCUCUCUCAGGACACAGAGGGAUUCGCCAGGAGGGCGGUUGUGCGGUAUUUCAUCGCCUGGUUUUCUUCACGCUCCCCUUCCUCUCUCCUGAUGAACUCUGUGAGCUCCGUCCUCUCUCUGGGCAGCGCUGAUCUGGACUGGGAGGUCAAAGUUCACACUCUGGAGCUGGCUGAGCUGCUGCUGGACGAAGCCCUUUCAGGUCACCGUGGUUACAGGAAGGGCUCAGACUCUCAGCAUGCCCUGUCACACCCGUACGCUGUGGUUUCUGAUCAGACUUACACGCUUCACUCACACACUGGGUCACACACGGAGGAUGUGGAGUCAGAUUUGGCCGCUGUGCUCAACAAUCUGGUCGAGCAGGGAGUCAUCUCAGCGUUAUUGAGUGGUCUGGUCGACUGCGAUAGGCCUGUGGGUCUGAAAGCCUGUCAACUCCUGAUUACGCUCAGAGAGACGGUCUGCCCUAUGUCGUUAGAGGCACUGGAUGCACCUGCUGCCAUGGCAACAGUGGCCAGGGUGUCCUGUGAGCUGCCUGGAUGUGGCUGGGGGCGAGAGAUCAGAAAAAUACUGGGGGUGAAGAAGUGUGAUCAGACUAAAGAGGCAGACAUCGCUGCCGAUGGAGCAGAGGUGGUUGAUUCUGAAGACUGUGGUGAGAUGGGAAAGGACGGUGUGAGAGAGGGAGGAGACAGUGUGUGCGUUGGUGUGUGUGAGGUAUUGAGGUCUCUGGGUUUAGACGCACAGCUGGACAUACUGACUCAAAGCAGCGACCACGUCCAUAACUCUCCCCUCUCUCUGCUGCAGGACAUACUGACUGCGAGUGCCGCACACACUCGUCCAGACACACAACCAGGACAAGAAGUCAUAGUGGACUGUUACUGAGACACACACACACACACACACACACACACACACACACACACACCCUUAUGUUAGUUUGUUAUCAGUGAUGAACAACACAUGUAAAUCAUGCUACAUUUGCCUCCACGUUGUUCUGAUAUGUUGGUUGCUUGAGUCAAUAUUACAGCUCCAUUAAAUACCAAGCUGGGAGUUGUCGAUCGUUGUUGCAUUUUUUACGAUAUGAUAUUAAAUCUUGAUUGGUCUUUAAUAUAUUGAUACAGUGCAGUAGCAUUUAUCUUUACUUCCAGCAGAGGUCAGUCACAAUUCACCAGUACAGUUCUGCAGAGGCCUAAAACUGAGACCUGACCAGACCUGAACUAAUGGAUUUACAACCCAACUUGAUGCUUUAUUUCAUCCAUUACUCACCAUUGGCUCAAGGCUGAGCCCCGCCGGGGCAUCCAGACGUGGGUGGAGACGAUCGGCACGGUCACACCUCGUCUACAGAGACCCUGUAGCAAAAGCAACACAUCAGCAGUAGCUUCAUUCCUGCACAGCUGAUGUAGAAAGUUGUGUUGAUUACAUACAGAUGUGCGUGAGAUAGAUGACCCAAAAAAAAAACCCAAAAAACAGCUGAAAUGUGUCCUGUGUGGAAAGUCGGUCAAGAGAAAGAAAGAGAAAAAUAAUACUGUAGCUUUUAAAAUAAACAAACGUACAUGUUUUGUUGGGACCUUUGUCAGGUAGCAGACUUUUAUAUUACUGUUUCUUACAAAUCAAUUACGUCUGUUACAUAUUGAUGAACAGUUUAAUGAAAACAUCACUCCUGCUGAGAUCUGUCCAUCCAACUUUCUAUGCACAAAUUAAUUGUUGUAAAUAAAUGUACAGUUUAAUCUUUGUGAAAUUGGUGCAAUUUCUCUGCUUAUCCAUCAGCACAAAGCUGUUUGGACCGACACCACCCCUCCCACUACUUCCUCUGUAUCUGUGCUGCUGUUGACAGCUGAAUGAAAUGCAGGUGAAGUCACCUCACACAGUAAAUGUAUAAAUACAGUAGUUCAAAUAAGAAUUAGAAUUGGACGAUUAAAUUAUAAUUAAACAAUGUACAAUACCACCGCAAGUUAUACUGCAGAGACGUGAGGUUGUAGUGGGAAUAUGAGACCAGCAUCACAGAAAAGGACAUUCACUGGUAUGGCUUCAAGUUUUUUUCCCUAGUUUAAAGAAUCAGCUGUUGGUUUUACCGUGUUCUUUAUAAGAUAAAAACGACUGAGCAAGUGAAUCUGCCAGAAGCACCUGCUUUGCAAAGACUUGUGAUAAUCACAGGUCACACACACUCCAGGUCUUCACACU